GCGGAAAGAGGGGGUGGGUGAGUGCGCUGGCAACACGUUUGAUUACCGCGUGUAAAUAACAACAACACGAACACUGCAAAAGUUGCAAGGACUCUUUCGUUGGCCGUUGUGCAACGAUCACAUGUUACAGAAGCCCCAUGGAAAAUCCAAAGGCCGAAGAACCGAAGCCAUCGGCUCCAAAAGCCCAGGCACCCGAGAAACCCCUUCGCAAGAGGAAUCAAGUCAAAAUCCAAACCAAAAUCAGGACUCCGAAGCCAACUCCCACCGCCAUACUUUGCGAACUGACACGUUUAAAGGCCCAGCAAAAAUAUCUCGAAUGUCAUCAAGUCAAGCUGAACCCCAAUAAUUUCACACUCCAAAAUGAUGAGGUUGAGGAUACAGAUCCAAAGUCAGAUGGUGAAGGAAAACCCGCAUUGGAAAGCCCGGAAACAGGACGAAAUCCUCGUCCCACUAGCUCUUCCACUGCCGACCUUAUAAGCCUGAUUAACGAAAUCGAACAGGAGAAACUGGUGCUAAAUGAAAAGCUACUGCAAUACCGCAACGCCAAGCGAGGAGAACUUCAGGACAUGUGGCACUUUGUGGCCACCAUUAAGGAGGACGUCUUUCGGCCCGAACGUCUUAGCCAAUAUACAGUAAAUGCUCUGAGGGAAAAAAUCGUUGGCGUAAAUUCCCAAUUGUAUCGAUUGGCCGAUCAAAACUCCAAGGAACUUGAAGAGUUGAAGGAGCAGUACGAAAAAUUGGAACGGGAGAAUAAGCUAUUAUGGAAAAGUGGCAUAUAGGUUAAAAGAUAAGA